AUGCCUACAAAAAAUCAAUUGAUUCGUCAUGGUAGAGAAGAAAAACGGCGCACGGACCGUACUAGAGCUUCGGAUCAAUGUCCCCAGAAGCAAGGAGUAUGCAUGCGUGUUUCGACGAGAACACUGAAAAAACCUAAUUCAGCUCUACGUAAGAUAGCAAAAGUACGAUUGAGCAAUCGACAUGAUAUAUUUGCUCACAUUCCAGGCGAAGGUCAUAAUUCGCAGGAACAUUCUAUAGUCUUAGUCAGAGGAGGUAGAGUGAAAGAUUCGCCAGGUGUGAAAUCCCAUCGUAUUCGAGGAGUCAAGGAUUUGCUGGGAAUUCCGGAUCGUAGAAAGGGAAGAUCUAAAUAUGGUGCAGAAAGACCUAAAUCGAAAUGAAUGGAAGAUGCCUCUGGAACUUUUUGGUUCUUUUUUGGGGG